AUGGAUUGUGAAAUAGAAAUAACUGCAUUAUGUAGUAAAGAAUAUUCAAAAAUAUUGGAAACAAAUACACAUGAAACAUUUACAAAAGUUUGUGCUAAUAAUGUUGGUUGUGGUUAUAAAAGUAGUUGUUGUUCUUGGGAUAAAAAUACACGAAAUCAAUUUGCUUUGGUUUGUAGUUUGUUAAUUAUUGCUAUAGGUCUAUUAGUUUUACUUGCUGGAUGUACAAUUAAAUAUUUUCAGGCAAAAAACAAACUCAAAAUGCUUCCUGAGCCUAAAUUAAAACGAGCUACUUCAUUACCAACUGGAUUUACAAAAGGAGUGCAAGGAAAAGAUUUAGUUCGAACAGGAUCAUUACCAACACGUUUAAAUCCAAAUAUGCCAACACCAAAUAUACCUGCAAUAACUCGACCUCAAAUAACUUCACCUGUAAUAACUAAACCUACAAUACCAGCAAUAUCAGAUGAUGAUGUGUCAACAGUUCAACGAUUAAUGAUAAUAAGAUUUUUUGAUAAUCAAACAUAUUUUCAAAGAAUUUAUUAUCCAUAUAAACCUGUUUAUGGUAUACCAAAAUCAUUAAAUUGUGAUCAAUCUGUUUAUGAACGAUUUGAUCAAUGUGAACAAUCAAUUCAACAAAAAUGGGAAAUCAAUAUACCGAAUUAUUUUUAUCAAACAAAAGAUUUUUGUUGUUUUGUUUGGGAUACAAUGGAUUGUGAAAUAAAAAUUGCUGCUGAAUGUUCGGAAGAAUAUUCACAAAAAUUAGAAGCAAAUACUCGUGAAACAUUUACAGCUGUAUGUAAAAUUGUUGGUUCUAACCAUCAAAGUUGGUCAUGUAAAUGGACAAAAUUAGUAGAAAGAAAUGUUAUUAUUGCUGUUAGUGUUAUUUCUACUAUUUUAGUUUUGAUUGGUAUAGGUUUAUCAAUAUAUUAUUGUGUUCGCGCACAUAAAAAAUCAGCAGCAGCAGCAUUAUUAGAUAAAGAUAAACAAAAACAAAGUAAAAAAUUAUCAAAGAAAUUAAGUUCGAAUAAAUCUCAUAAAUCACAUCAUAAUGAAACACCAAUUGAAAGUGAUAAAUUAUCAAUUAGAUCAAAUGCUAGUGGGGGCGGCGGUGGCCGUGAUGGUGGUUCAAUUAAAUCCACUAAAUCAAAUGUUAGUAGGGGUUCAAUUAAAUCCACCAAAUCAAAUGUUAGUGGGGGUUCAAUUAAAUCCACGAAAGCAAAUUUUGGUGGCGGUGGCAGUGGCGUUGGUGAAGGCGGAGGUGGUGGCGUUGGUGGAGGCGGUGGUGCAACUGAAUCCACGAUAUCAAAUGUUCCUGGCCCUGGCCGUGGCGGUGGUUCAAUUAAAUCCACUAAAUCAAAUGUUAGUGGGGGUUCAAUUAAAUCCACGGAAGCAAAUUUUGGUGGCGGUGGCAGUGGCGUUGGUGGGGGCGAAGGUGGUGGCGUUGGUGGAGGCGGUGGUGCAACUGAAUCCACGAUAUCAAAUGUUCCUGGCCCUGGCCGUGGCGGUGGUUCAAUUAAAUCCACCAAAUCAAAUGUUAGUGGGGGUUCAAUUAAAUCCACGAAAGCAAAUUUUGGUGGCGGUGGCAGUGGCGUUGGUGGGGGCGAAGGUGGUGGCGUUGGUGGAGGCGGUGGUGCAACUGAAUCCACGAUAUCAAAUGUUCCUGACCCUGGCCGUGGCGGUGGUGCAACUGAAUCCACGAUAUCAAAUAUUCCUGGCGGUGGAGGUGGGGGUGGUGCAACUGAAUCCACAAUAUCAAAUAUUCCUGACGUGAGCCGUGGCGGUGGUGCAACUGAAUCCACGAUAUCAAAUAUUCCUGACGUGAGCCGUGGCGGUGGUUCAAUUAAAUCCGCUAAAUCCUAUAUGAGUGGUGGUGGCGCAAUUGUUGAAACAUUAGAUGAGCCAUUAGGACAUUCAGAAGAUGUUAAAAUUAUAACGGAACCAUUGUCUCAAAAACCAUUUCCAAUUGGUGAUGGUAUUAGUUCGCAACAAACAAAACCAACAACAACAACAACAACAACAACAACAACAGGUGAUCAACAACCAUAUAUACCAAAAAGAACCGUUAUUACUAAUGAGGAACGUAUAAGCAAAGAUGAUUUUGAAGCGGCAAAAGACUUUUUAGAAACAAAGUUUGGAGAACCAAAAUCCGAUUCACAAGUAAUAACUGAUUUACCGGAUUUUGAAACAAGACGAUUAAAUAUUGGUGAAACAUUAAAUCGUCAAGGUAUGCCAACACCAGCAAAAAAGAAAACAUAUCUUACAAAAUCAAGAACAUCAUUAGCACCUGAAUCUUUAACAGCAACUGGAAGUAGUGGAGUUUCAACUAAUCCAUUAGAACAAACGGCAAAUGUAAUUCAAAAUACAGAUACAAUCAAUCAAGUUAUGAAUGUUUUUCCAUUUGAACAAAAUUUUUAAUGAGACAAAACACAUAACGAAAACAUUCAAUAAAUUAUUUGCUUAUUUAAUUCAUCAUUUAAC